AUGGACCAGGCUAUCUCGGUUAUGGCUCAAUCUGGGUUUUCAGCUCUCAUUGAUUUCAAUCCUAUUCGUGCAACUGAAGUGCAACUCCCUGCUGGUGGGACUUUUGUUAUAGCUCAUUCAUUGGCUGAAUCUCAGAAAGCUGUUACUGCUGCAACUAAUUACAAUAACAGGGUUGUUGAAUGCCGUUUAGCUUCUAUUGUGCUAGGCAUAAAACUUGGAAUGAAACCUCAGGAGGCUAUAAUUGAAGUCAAGACACUUUCAGAUGUUGAAAAUUUGUGUGUUUUGUUCGCGGGUACUCGUGGAUCUUCUGAUCCAGUCCUUGCUGUCAAGGAAUUUUUGAAUGAGGAACCAUAUAGUGCUGAAGAUAUUGAGAAAAUAACUGAAGAAAAACUGCGAGUUAUCUUUACCAAUUCCCCUUCUUCCUUGGACGUGCUGAGAGCUGCAAAACAUUUUAAGUUGCACCAGAGAGCUGCCCAUGUCUACUCCGAAGCCAAGCGUGUACACACUUUCAAAGAUACUGUAUCAUCGAAAUCGAGUGAAGAAGAGAUGCUGAAGAAGCUUGGUGACCUUAUGAAUGACAGCCACCACAGCUGCAGUGUAUUAUAUGAAUGCAGCUGUCGGGAGUUAGAAGAGCUUGUGAAGAUUUGUCGUGAUAAUGAAGCUCUUGGAGCAAGGCUUACGGGAGCUGGAUGGGGUGGUUGUGCUGUUGCCUUGGUGAAGGAAAGCAUCGUUCCUCAAUUUAUCCUUAAUCUCAAGGAGCAAUUUUAUCGAUCAAGAAUUGACAAGGGGAUUAUCAGUAACAACGAUCUUGGCCUCUACAUUUUCGCAUCUAAACCAUCAAGUGGUGCUGCCAUUAUCAAAUUUUAA